AUGCCUCCACAGAUAUCGAGGUUCCAAAAUGGGCCCAACAACGUUGCUCCAUACCAACACCAGUUCGCUGGCCUGAACCCAGGCCACUCCAACAACUACACUCCACAACUGGGCGGCAAUCCCUCCCAUCUGAACCCGAACGCCCAGAUCCCUUCCUUCGCUACGAAUGGCAAUGUGCUAGGGCUGGCAGGAGGUAUGAACUCGGCCGCUGCGAGCUUCGGCGUCGGGCACGAGUCGGGCCUAGGUGGCCAGGCCGCCAGGAUGGGAUUUCACAACGCAACACUCCAGCAUCCACAGCAUGCCCAACAACAGAGCCACUCCAUGAUGGGGGACCAGCCUGCUCGCAAUCCAUUGGCCAAGGGCCGGAUACGAGAGGUGUGGAAACAUAACCUGGAGGACGAGAUGGCUGUGCUACGCGACCUGGUGCUAGAAUACCCAUAUAUUGCCAUGGAUACCGAGUUUCCUGGCGUCGUUGCGCGGCCGAUGGGUGCGUUCAGAGGCAAGAGCGACUACCACUACCAAUGUCUGCGGGUGAACGUAGAUCUUCUCAAGGUCAUUCAAAUCGGCAUAACGCUGUUUAACGAAGACGGAGAGACGCCAGCGACAAGGCCAAACUCGACAAAUGCGGCGGAAAUCGGUGGCGCAGGGCGGAAAAAUGCGAACCAGAAUCUAGUCCCCCACGCAUGGCAAUUCAACUUCAACUUCUCACUCAACGACGACAUGUACAACGAGCAAUCGAUCGACUCUCUCAAGCACGCUGGGAUCGACUUCGGGCUUCUGGAGCGGGACGGGAUCGAUCCCAAGAAGUUCGCGGCGCUCUUGAUACCUUCCGGUCUCACCCAUUUCGAAGAAGUCAAAUGGAUAUCUUUCCACGGAGGCUACGACUUUGGAUACCUCACAAAGCUUUUGAUGUGCGAACAAAUGCCGAACGACGAGCUUGAGUUCACAAAACGGCUGAAGAAGUACUUCCCGAGCGUCUACGACGUCAAGCACCUUAUGAAGCACGCGAUCAAGCAACACAACUCCGGGCUCCUGACACCAAGCGACCCGAGCACGACAGAGCUGCUGCAGAAGUUCGAGCAAAAGUCCGGCCUCGAGAGCAUAGCAGAAGCCCUGAAGAUUAAGCGACUUGGGGCCGCUCACCAGGCCGGGUCGGACGGCCUCCUGACGGGCAGGGUGUUCUUCUCGAUGCGUGAGAAGGUAUUCAACGGCGACAUCCCCACCGAGCAGGUCGGCAAGAUCUGGGGGCUGGGCGUGCCAGACAUCGGUGCACCGCUCGGAGCGGCCCAGCAGCAGGCAGCCGCAGACAGCACGCCGCCGCAGGGCAACAACAAUAACAACAACGCCGAAGGGACGCCCAGCACACCCAAUCAAGGCAGCGCGGGCCUGGUCAACACGCCGGCCGCGCAGUCGCACAACACGAACGGCGUCAGCAGCAUGGGGCCCAUGACGCCCGGGGGCGGCGGCGGGGUCUUUGGGAGCUUCCACAUCGGCGCCAGGUAG